UAAACAUAUAACAUUUUUUGUAUUAAUACUUUUUCGACGUAUCGAAUUAUUUCGAUAUAUUACGAAGAAAGAUAUCGAAAUCGUAAUCGAUUCUGCUCAUAUAAAGGCGAAUGACUUCGCCGUUUCGAUUCGUGACCAAACAGUGAAGCAAAAAUGGGACAGAAUCAAUCUGGUACCAGUGGUACAGGAAGUGAUAAGAAGGAUGAUAAGGAUAAGAAAAAGAAAUAUGAACCACCUAUCCCAACAAGAGUAGGCAAAAAGAAGCGGCGUACAAAAGGACCAGAUGCUGCUUUAAAAUUACCACAAGUUACACCUCAUACACGUUGUAGACUAAAGCUUCUGAAGUUAGAACGUAUAAAAGAUUACUUGUUAAUGGAAGAAGAAUUUAUUCGAAAUCAAGAAAGACUAAAGCCACAAGAAGAAAAGAAUGAAGAAGAAAGAUCUAAAGUCGAUGACUUACGUGGAACUCCAAUGUCUGUUGGAACAUUAGAAGAAAUUAUUGAUGAUAAUCAUGCAAUAGUUUCUACAUCUGUUGGCUCUGAGCAUUAUGUAUCAAUUUUAUCAUUUGUGGAUAAGGAUCAAUUAGAACCUGGAUGUUCUGUUCUAUUAAAUCAUAAAGUUCAUGCUGUUGUUGGAGUUUUAGGUGAUGAUACAGAUCCUAUGGUUACAGUAAUGAAACUAGAGAAAGCUCCACAAGAAACUUAUGCAGAUAUUGGUGGACUUGAUACACAAAUUCAAGAAAUCAAGGAAUCUGUAGAAUUACCUUUAACACAUCCAGAGUAUUAUGAAGAAAUGGGUAUUAAACCUCCAAAAGGAGUCAUACUUUAUGGUCCUCCAGGAACUGGAAAAACAUUGUUAGCAAAAGCUGUUGCUAAUCAAACCUCUGCAACCUUUUUGAGAGUUGUUGGUUCUGAGCUUAUACAGAAAUAUUUAGGAGAUGGUCCCAAACUUGUUAGGGAGUUAUUUAGGGUUGCAGAAGAGCAUGCCCCUUCUAUUGUAUUUAUAGAUGAAAUAGAUGCUGUAGGCACAAAACGAUAUGAUAGCAAUAGUGGUGGAGAACGCGAAAUUCAAAGAACUAUGUUAGAACUCCUCAAUCAACUUGAUGGUUUUGAUAGUCGCGGAGAUGUUAAAGUUGUUAUGGCUACAAAUAGAAUUGAAACAUUAGAUCCAGCAUUAAUCAGACCUGGCCGUAUUGAUAGAAAAAUAGAAUUUCCAUUGCCUGAUGAAAAAACAAAAAGAAGAAUAUUCAGCAUUCAUACUAGCAGAAUGACUUUAGCACCUGAUGUAAAUUUAGCAGAAUUAAUUAUGGCUAAAGAUGAUCUUUCAGGUGCAGACAUAAAGGCUAUAUGUACUGAAGCUGGUUUAAUGGCUUUACGCGAACGCCGUAUGAAAGUUACUAGUGAUGAUUUCAAAAAAUCUAAAGAGAGCGUUUUGUAUCGGAAAAAGGAGGGAUCUCCCGAAGGGUUAUAUUUAUAAAAAUUCUGCAAUUAAAAUUCUUUAUUUACGUUUGAAGCAUAAAAAUAUACAUGCUAAUAAAAAAAUACAAAAAACUG